AUGAAAGAAUCAAAUCGGGCCACUGAGCCCAUUGGGCAAAACCUGAUAAAGCUCAUAAGCAAUCUCUGCUUCUCAGUGUUUGUGUUCUCAGUGCUUAUAAUCACUGUGAUUGCCAUCACCUACCAACCCCCAGAUCCAUGGCUGGAGUCAGCUCCAGCCUUAACAAAACUCUUCACUGAGUCUGAGAAUGCCACUUUCAAGAAUGACAAUUCUAUCCUCAAGACUGGUGAGGAUUUACUUGCCCCUGCCGUGCCUCCGGCUUCGGAGGACCGCAUCACCGAGGCGGUGAUUGAGAAAUCAGAAGCCAAUAUCACCAACUCCACCCCACCCCAAUUGAAUUGUGAGGAUUUGGAGAGAGUGAAUUGCUCGGACCCUCGAGCUUUGAUUGCGGUGGAGAGGUUUAAUUUGAGGCUCUUUAAGUCCAUUGUGUUCUUGGACUAUCAGACCCCGGUUAAUGGGUCGAAACCGGACGAGUGUGAUGUGUUGUGGAGGUUUAGGAACAAGAAGGAGAAGUCUUGGAGGAAGUAUAGGGAUUUUAGGAGGUUUAAGCUUGGAAUUGGAGUGAAUUGUACCUAUAAGGUGGUCCAUGCCGGAGGGUGGCAUUCGGGUAUUAAUGCUCGAAGGCCGAGGAGGAUUAGUAAUAGCACAAGGGGUGCUAAAAUAGCCCCAUCAGUUCGUGACGAACAGAUUAAUGAUACAAUCCCAAGCUUGGGAUCGGAUACGAAUUUUAGGAAGGGUAAGUACUUGUACUAUUCACGUGGAGGGGAUUAUUGCAAAGGAAUGAACCAAUACCAAUGGAGUUUCUUGUGCGGUUUAGGUGAGGCUAUGUUUUUGAACAGGACAUUUGUGAUGGAUUUGAGUGUAUGCUUGGCGGCGAGUUAUACUCCGAGUAAUAAAGAUAAGGAAGGGAAAGAUUUUCGAUAUUACUUUGAUUUUGAGCAUCUUAAGGAGAGUGCCUCAAUUGUGGAGGAGGGCGAAUUUUUGAGGGAUUGGAAGAAGUGGGAUCGGAGCCAUAAGAGGAAAGUGCCAGUUAAGAAGGUUGCGAGCCAUAAGAUCACACCAAUGCAACUCAAGAAAGAAAAGAGCACGGUUAUAUGGAGGCAGUUUGAUGGUCCGGAGCCAGAAAAUUACUGGUACAGGGUAUGUGAAGGACAAGCUGCUAAGUACGUACAGAGGCCAUGGCACGCUCUUUGGAAAUCAAAGAGAUUGAUGAAUAUUGUUACAGAGAUCAGCGGGCGAAUGGACUGGGAUUUUGAUGCUGUUCAUGUUGUGCGAGGAGAGAAGGCACAAAAUAAGGACCUUUGGCCUCAUUUGGAUUAUGAUACAUCCCCUGACAUGCUUCUUGAGAAGGUAAAGAGGAUGGUUCAGCCUUGGAGGAAUCUGUAUAUAGCCACUAAUGAACCGUUCUACAAUUACUUUGAUAAACUGAGGUCUCAGUACAAGGUUCAUUUGCUUGAUGAUUACAAAGAACUGUGGAGUAAUACAAGUGAGUGGUACAAUGAGACUAGGAUUUUAAACGAUGGACGACCAGUUGAGUUUGACGGGUACAUGAGGGUUGAAGUGGAUACUGAGGUCCUUUACAGGGCAAAGACGCGUGUGGAAACGUUCUAUAAUUUAACCGGAGAUUGCAAGGAUGGAAUCAACACAUGCUGA